AUGGACUCACUCCACCCGUCCCUAUCUCAGGCUCUGCCGCUCAGGGACUACGAUGCCGAACAGGCGCUCCAGGCUCCCUUCAGAGCUGCCGCUCUCGGUAUCGCUACCUUUUACAAGAAAGCGUCCGAAAACGGUCGCAAAGCCUAUUCGCUAGGAUACUCCUCGGCUCUCCAGGACGUCCUGGCUCAUCUACAAACCGCUCUGGAUCAACUUGAUUCUCCCAAUUCUCAGGACUCGAUGGCAUCAACAGUUCAACGAGUAGUGGACUACAUCCAAAGACGUCAAGAAGCCCUCCGAGCCGAAUCACAAGACCCGAACGAUGAAGACGGUGCUCAGCCCUCACCAGCCCCGCAACAUGGCCAUCGUCAAUCAACAACACCCCCCUCUCGCAGCACACUCUCGCCAACCUCUGAACAAGCUCUGCCUCCAACGACCACCCAGGAACCGACAUCGACCGCCCCAUCGACACUUGAGCCCGGUCCAUUGGCCCCUCAAUCGACCCGUCGCAGGACCUCUCCACGCCGGAUGACCCCGGUGAACUUCCAGCCAUCACACGGCUCCGGCUUCGGUCCCGCCCGCCAGCCCUCCUCACCAACAUCCACCAGCGCCGUUUCCCGGCCAACUUUCAACCUCAACUUCAGCUCAUUUGCCGCCAGCCCCUUGCCCCAACACCAGCAACCGAGCUCGACCGGCCCGACAACGACGACCUCAUCUAGUCGACGCCAUCGCUCAGGCCCGACCGAGGGUGCUCGGAAGGGCAAGGUCAAGGAGCGGGCUAACGAGCGCUCCACAUCCGCUGCCACUCCAGACCCUACCGGCCUCUUCUCUCACGGAUACUCGCACUACACUCCCUCCACCACUUCUUCCUUCUCUGGGGAUUCCAAAACACUCUCGUCAGUCGGGAACAAACGCCGCUUUCCUGCCGACUCGACCCUCGAUUCUUCUCCCCUCAACGUGCCUCCUCAACCGGUCCGAAUCACUCGCAGGACACCCACCCUCCCGAUCCCUAGCAAAUCGCUGGCUACCCCAAUCGACCAUCCCCUCAAUCAACCCCCCUCUGCUCAGUCUCCCGAUCAACUCGACCCGCCUCCCACCCAGAUCCAUCUCCACACUCACCCCCAUCAUAACCAGGACGAUGUGCUCAUGCUCCUUCAGGCCUCCCCAGACCUUCAUGAUAAUCAUCACCGCCACCAUCAUCAGCAAGACGGAAUCGAACGCGCUUCCAAACGCUUCUUUUCUUGCAAAAAUCUCUACUGA